AUUUUGCUAUUGUUUUUUACUUGAAUAGCUUAAAUAUACUUGAAAGAUAUUUUGUGCGCCGACGUAUUAUCUCUUCAAACAUCGCUGCAAUAUUUCCUCAAUACUGCGUCCACGAUUUUAUUAUUUAUUUUUCCAUUCUCUAUCACAAAUACAUCUAGAGAAGGCAAAUUCUUCAAAAACUAAAAAUUGAAAGCCUCUUUUUGAACAGUUCUUCAAGAUUAAGUUGCAAGUUGAUAUAAUGGCUACUACCAACACGGACACGGGUGACACCACACUUCUUGCGUCUACAACAGAAAUGCAAGGCGAUGAAGCAGAUUCUUUGAAUGUGUUGGCCCCACGCGAAGCACUUAUAACGACUGCUGUAAACUUUUUACAAAAUGCUAAAGUGCGGCACACAACUCUCAUGCAAAAGCGGCAAUUUUUACACUCAAAAGGUUUAACUCAUGAAGAAAUAGAACUUGCUUGCCAGCGUGCUGGUAUUUUUACGAGUGAUGCCAAAAUGCUGCCGCAGGUGAUCAAUAUGGGUAUCAGUAGUUCGGCGCAUCCGCAGUUGGCUUUACAGCCAAGACAAACCGCUUACGGUCGCAUCAAAGAAGUGUUGCACAAUUUAGCACUCCUUGGUGGUGUAGCAUACGCAAUUUACUUGUUUUGGAAGAAAUAUGUAGAACCAUACAUUUUUGGCAAGAAAAAGAAGCCAGUUGAGGAUGCGCUUGAAGAUAUCGACAAAAAGGUCGAUUCACGCCUGGACGAGGUGACUGUAGAACUCAGUAGGAUUAAGGAACAGCUACAAGACCAGCAGCGCGAACAACGUCAGAGACUAAACCAAGAAUUUAAUAUUUUUCGAAGUGAUUUAGAUGCUAUAAAAGGAUUACUACUCAAUCGCAAACAAUUUGCCGUUCCCCUAGCUGCCGGCCCGCCCUCAAUACCAGCUUGGCAGCUGGCUGCCACUCCACAUCACCAUCACACACGACUUUCACAAUCAGAUGAUAACGAAAAAGUAGAUGAUGCUGGCUCCGGUUCGGGUUCAUCCGAAACAGAAGUAGUCACAAAAAAUAGUGAUUCCAGUUUAGAAAUGAUGUAGAAGUAUGCAUUCUUCUACACCUUUUGCUGCUGCUUUGUGGAAGAAGUGCAUCAGUAACACAUAUGUGAAUAAGAUUAAGUUAAAAAGAUAAAAGCACUGUGUCAAAAUUAAUCACACACAUCUCAAUGACCAUAUAUAAUACAUAUUUACGUACAUGGGCGUGUAUGUAUGCAUUUACAUUGGAUAAUGCCAAUCCAAUAAAAAAGUCUAUGAAGAUAAAAAUCUUUUUAA